AUGCGCAAUUUCAUUUUAUCUGUUGCAAACUGUCAUAUAUUCAUUCGCAUCACCUUAGAGUCCAGUGAUUCUGUGCACUUAUCGCCAACUGUGGAGACUAUGAACGUCUAUGAUCCGCAUGUAUUCAAAUCCACCAAGUAUCUGAGAGACUCAGAGAGAAUGUUUCUCAUGAACAACGGCCCUACUGUGCGUUCCGAAUCUGUACGCAAUCUGUUCAUCAAACAUGGCGUUGUCGAUGGCCUUGGUCUUAUCCUUCUUCAUAAACACUUUGAACUCGGCGACGGUCAGGCUCUCGUCGAUUACAACAGCACAUCAAUGGCCUGGGAUCUCAAGGAUACUACAGUCUCCGGCAAGGGUGUCGUGCAGGAGCACGGUGGAUUCAUCAAGCCAGGUGCAUGGCUCCUGUCUCCCACCAAGAAACGACUGAUUUUUUACGAGUUCUGUUUUCAUCAUCACAAUGCAACAAAUAACCUCGCUUACAGCCAAACUACUCUGCUCUAUUUGACAGAAGAGUUCGUCGACGAAUUCUCCGAGAUCCUUCACCAAGAUAAUCUCACUGGUGUUCUCGGAGUCUGUCUGCUCAAGUCGCCGCUCAGCACAGAGAUUGAAACAUCGGAAGGCCAUGCGAACAUUUCCGUGCCCGUUACCGAUGAUACGGUCUUUGGCCCCUUGAACUCGAUCGAGGCUAUCUAG